CGUUGGAAGAGGCGACCAACUGACCGGUCAAGGAAGCAUAUGGGCACGACUUGAGCAGUCGAAGGCAAUGGACGACUUGUGGAAGUACGAUGCUGCGCGGAAUGAGGACGCUGUAGAGUACACUGUCUUCAUGGUUGGCAAUGGUGUGACCAGUAAGGAGGUACGCGAAGCAAAGCUCAACGAGGCGAAGCAAGCUGCAGUCGCUAUGAGGGAUGAGCCUUGGUUGAAGGAUUACAUCUGGCAAAAGGAGGAGUUUGGACUGGAGCUGACUACAAGUCAUGGUGAACCCUGCCUGAAAGGCUCCACGAAGUUCGGUGAAUGCAUUGAUGACGAAUGGCUCAUUGUCUACAUCCUACACCAGCUCAGUAUGAGGUUUGACGACAUCGGCAUACAGGUGACUGAUACAGAUGGAGAGUUUCUAUUGAUUGAAGCUGCUCACGUCCUUCCUCGAUGGCUGAACCCUGACAAUGCGGACAAUCGAGUAUGGCUGCGACAAGGCGACGUUGUCAUCAUCCCCCCUGAGCAGGCUCAGAAAAGUAUUGAUGAUGAAGAGUUAAGCCAGGUGAAAGCCCUGAGUGUGCUCCGGAAUGCAUCAGCAACAUUGCUUGUGGACAAGAAGAUCACCAAGGAGGCCCUCAGCCGCACAAAAGACUACCCAGCCGAAGCCCGCGACCACCUCCACCGAGCACGAAUCACAGUACCAAGAAGCCUCGCGCAAAUCCUCCACACAAAUCCAAAACUCAUCGCACCUGCAAUCGAUGCUUUCUACACCCGCGACGCUGUCUCACUUGCAGCAUGUUCACGCAUGACAUUGUUUUCACCAGAUGAUAGUGUCAUUAUUACGGCAAGAUUCACAAAGACACUUUAUGCCCAAAUCAGAGGACAGAGAUUUGAUCCACCCAGACCAUUUGUGAACGCGGGUGUUAUGCCCAGGCCAGGAAGACCUGGAUAUGAGGAGGCUGAGACAGGAAUGAAGGUCGCGUGCGGAUUUGAGAUGAUGUGUGCUGGGGCCGUCGUGGACCAACGCGGAGAUGAGAUCAAUGUUGAGGAGUACGACUUUGCAAGUGAUCCCAAGUGGGCGAAGUUCAUUGAUCAGCUGAAAGGUCAAGGAUUCUUCCGAGAUGAGAUGGUGGGGUCGGCGGGAUGGAAGAAGGUUGAGAAGACGGCGAAGGAGGCAUUUGUGAAGGUCAAGACAGCUGAGCGGCAAGAUGCCACGUCCCCUGUUGGACAGGUGUUGCGGAUAUUGAAGGAAACUCCAUUACCCUCUGAUGAGGAUCUUGAAAAGUGGGAUACAGAAGCGGAUGAUGACAAGUGGAUGGAGGUGGAUCAGGAUGACUUGGAGAAACUCUUGGAUGAGCGGAGAGGUGCUGCGACAGCGUAUACAGACGAGGAAGGAGAAGAUGAUGAACAAGAGUCACGAACCGCAAGAAAAUUGCGGGAGAUGGUGGAUAAAUUCGGCAAUUUCUUGAACAAUGAGAAUGCUGGGUUUGAAGGCGCAGAGUUUGAAGAUGACUUCUUCGAUGAGGAUUUUGAUGAAGAAGAUGAGGAUGCGGAUGAUUUUGAUGCAGCAGAUGGUGAUGUGGAGUUCAAUGAGGAAGACUUCAUGAAGAUGUUGACUGAAACACUGGAUCUUGCGAAACUGCCCGGUUUCACACCAGCAUCCAAUGUCGCCCAAAAAGCGGAAGGGGACGGAAAGGCAGAUAAGGGGAAGGGUAAAGCUAGGUUUGAGGAGGUUGAUGACAAGGAGGAGAAGUCCCUGCAGGAUGUCAUGGAUGCCAUGGACGCUGAGCUUGCCGGCACGAGCAUCGGUCAGACCUUUGCCACAGAGGAAGAUGAAGAUGACCGCGAGCUUGACAUUGACUUCAACCUUGCGAAGAACAUGUUGGAAAGUUUCAAAAGUCAGGGUGGACUGGCAGGACCAGGAGGGAAUUUGCUUGCGAGGAUGGGGAUAAGUCUGCCGAAUGACGAAGGCAGCAGUAGUAGCACCUAG